AUGUCCUCCCCCUCCUCGUCAGACGCUGCGUCCAGUGAUACAGAGGAAAGGGUGCACAGGCAAGCUGCGGAGGACGAAGCGGCCAAACGACAACGAGCUGUCACAAGGAACUGGUUCCGAAGGUGCAUGCUGGCUCGCCUGUGCGAGCUCUACUACGAGGAACAGCUGCUUGGGGCUGAAUGUUCGUCACGCCAAAGGAUCGGACGAAUGUCCGCCUUUAAGCGUAGAGCGGAUGGUGAAACUGCAGAAAACAUUAUCAGCUACACGUGUAUACAACUAUCCGGCCGCCUGGCGCGGAAGUUGCGACAGGACACAGACAUGUUGGAAGCCUGUUUUCUGGAGCCGAUCCCGCCAAACGAUGAGGCAUGGAUCCGCCGCGCAGGAAAGUGGGGAGACCCCACAAAGGCCAGAAUGGCGCAGCGUAUGGAACUCCAGCUCACGCGGAGCCUGGCGACCAGACUGCAAGUGUCCGACACUGCCUCUUUUGUACAUGAUACGACGACCUUUGCAGGCUUCCAUAUGUAUCUGGACUUUCUCUGGGAUUUGUGGGCCCUGCUCUCCUCAGAUGAGCGAUAUGAGUGCACUAUGUGGUACCAGAACAUGCCUACAGGAGCUCGGGUGCCGGACUCAACUGCAGAUGAGCCAAUGGCUGCUUCGGACCAUUGUGGCGUUGCGGAGUGGGACCAGGAGAUCAUCCCACCCAGCGAUAAUGACGUGGAGAACACCGAUCAACAAGAGCCACCCUCAGGCUCUCGAGAUGGUCCCUGGAACAACUUCGGAAGGCCAGCCUGA